AUGCUGCCGCUCGUUACCACCAAAUAUUUGGUUCCUUUAACGAUAAUUGCAGUAUUAUCAGUUACUGAAACGGAUGCACAGAUGGACCCAGACGGGAACUUAGUGGCCAACAACGGUAUCGCAAUACAGAGAGUCAUUUCUGGUGGAAGUGAUCGACGCAUAAGUCAACCUAGUCAACCUUCUCAAGCUCCCUCUGGCCAAGGGUUAAAUGCAUUUCAAACUAUUCUUGCGGGUUUCCUUCUGGGAUCGAUAUAUGGCAGAGGCUUUCCAUAUUCUCCUCCAUAUGUAUCGCUGUUGCGUACAUCUUCUACGCAACAAUCAAGCUCAUGCAUUGCGCGAAGAAAUGAUGCAGGCAGGAUGCGAAGACAUCAUAAUAAAUAUCGAACGAGUGAUGACACUGAUAUGAAAUCCUCAUCAAGAAUACAGUCAAGUAGUAUGAGUUCAAGUGAAUUGGUAAGCAUUGCAAAGAAACCAAACAUUAUAACUGGUGAAUCUGAAACGUCACGUAUCAGAAGCAGCGUGAAUUUGAAAAAAACGAGCAGCUGA